AUGUACAGAUUCAUCAUGGAUAGAGGUCACCGCUACCCAUAUAAUGUUGUUGUAUGGAAUAAGCUUCUGCCUAGCAAAGUGCGGUUGUUUACUUGGAUUUUUAGUCUUAACAGAUUGAAAACUAAAGAUAGAUUAGUAGCUCAGGGUUGGCUGGCAGACACCAACUGCCCCUUCUGUGAUGACCAUGAGUCCCACGACCAUCUUUUCCUCUCAUGCAACUUCUCCAAGCAGAUCUGGGUUCCAUGCCUAUCUAAAAUUGGUAUUGUCUCUCUCCCCACAAGCAUCAACCACUGUCUCUCUAUCUGUUCUGACAAGUCCCUCCACUCAUCCGUUAGACUUCUAUGGGGCUUCAGUUUUCCUACGGUUUGUUGGAUCAUUUGGAAAGCUAGAAAUGACUUCAUCUUCUCUAAUCAGUCUUCUACGCCUCACCAUAUCAUCAACAAGGCGGUUCACUUUCUUCUUUUCUGGACAGGUGCCUCCUCUUCCAAGAAAGCUAGUAAGUUGAACAAGGUCAUCUUCAGCUCGGGGCUCCCCGAUAUUGCAGAAUCAAGUGCAGAUAGCAAUGGUCUUCCUAUCCCUCAUGGGUAG